AUAAUUUACAGAGAUUAAUUAGGUGAAAAAUAAUAAUAAUAAAGAAAAAAGACCAAAAAUUGGUGGUAGGAUCUUAGAAGCUCACAACCAAAUCCAAUACCCAAAGUCACCAACCCAUCCCUUCAGUCAAUCUUCAUCACCAUCAUCAUCAUCAUCAUCUUCAAUUCACGAUAACCCAAUUUCAAUUCUCUAUCUUUAUCUGUACAAUUUUCUGUUUUUCCCAUUUUACCCCUUCUGAUCCCUUCUAAUUUCUCUGUAAUACCCUCUUCUUCUUCCUUCGACUAUGGCGGUCUCCCGUUUACUCCUUUCUAUAACAGUUUUUUAUGCGUUACAAUUAGUUUCUUCUCUGCCUUUAUGCGAUUUACAACAGUCAAUUUCAUUUUCCCAUGUUCUUCAGUUUCAAUCUCAAUGCCCGCUAUCGAUCUCUGCGAAUCUACCUCUUCAGGUGACUGGAGGCUUCCUUGACAGAACACUGACAUCUAAACAGAAAAUUGGAUAUACAGCUGUCCUCUUUUAUGGUUCUUGGUGUCCUUUCUCGCGUGGUGUAUAUCCAAAAUUUGAAGCACUAAGCUCUAUGUUCCCGCAAAUAGAGCAUUUGGCAGUUGAACAAUCUUCAGCAGCACCAAGUGUCUUUUCAAGAUAUGGAAUUCAUAGCCUGCCUUCAGUAUUUCUGGUGAAUCAGACAUCAAGAGUCCGGUAUCAUGGUCCUAAAGAUCUGUCCUCCCUUGUCCAAUUCUAUGAGAAAACCACUGGACUUGAACCAGUCUUCUAUGUAGACGAGGAGCAACCAAUUGGCUUGGAAAGUGGUGAAAAGUCCAUAUUUCAGUCAAUGAACGGUUCAGCUUUAAAAGAGGUAUCGAAGAGGGAACCAUACUUGGUUUUCUCUAUAUUGUUCCUCUGUUUCAGGGUACUCGUAUCCAUUUUCCCAAGGGUGUUAUCUCGCGUCAAAGCAUUCUGGGUCUCGUGUGCUCCUCACCUGAAUUUGGGAAUAAUCAGAGAAACGAACCAGAUAAUGGAGCGAGUCAGUCACAUGAUAGACGUGAGCGGUUUCUGGACCAAGCUGAGACAAUGCAAGACUAGGAAUUUGCGAGAAGGUGCAAGGAGUGCCCGAGUUUGGGCUUCUUCGCUUACUUCCGUCUCUUUGGGUGAGGCUUCGUCUGCGAGAACAUCUCAAUAAAGCGGGACAUAAAUCUUGUACACGAAAUUUGAGGGUAGGAAGGAAGAAAAGAGCUUGUUUGGUCUGGUCCUUGAGUCUCCGGAAAGGUAGUAGUCUCUCUCUCUCUCUCUCUCUCUCUCUCUCUCUUUCUCUCUUUCUUUCUUUCUCUCAAAUUAUUAUAUUGGUAGUGAUGAUAGCUGAAGCUGUUGUCCUUGUUUGAGUUGGGAUUUUUGGUAAAAGGCAAACAAGCAUGUAAAUUUGCGAACAGCUUUCUCUUUUUCUUUUCUUUUGUAAAUUAUUUGCUCAUCUGACUAACAUCUUUACUUAACCAAAAGUGGAAUGUAAUCAAAUUAACCUC